GCAACGAAUCCUUCGAGGCAAUGAUGAAUGUGUCACAUACAUACCAGCCAUACUAUGAAAGACCUGAAACAUACAUAGUACCCCUCAUAUUUGCACUUAUCUUCGUCAUCGGCGUUGUUGGAAAUGGGACACUUGUAGCCGUCUUCGUACGGCAUAAGGCAAUGCGUAAUGUGCCUAAUACGUACAUCCUCUCUUUAGCCCUAGCCGAUCUUCUAGUCAUCAUAACCUGUGUGCCAUUCACAUCAAUCGUGUACACCGUGGAAUCCUGGCCUUGGGGAGAGACAGUCUGCAGGGUGUCAGAAGCUGCCAAGGACGUCAGUAUAGGAGUAUCUGUCUUUACCCUGACAGCCCUGUCUGCUGACAGAUACUUUGCUAUUGUAGAUCCGUUGAGAAAGCUUCAUGCUACAGGAGGCAGCAAGCGUGCAACGAGGCUUACAGUAGCGACCGCUGUCGGCAUAUGGGUGUUGGCCGCAUUGUUAGCAGCGCCGGCCUACAUCGGCUCCUAUGUGAGAGCUUUUGUUGUCAAUCCUACUACACAGUUCUUAGUGUGCUACCCUUAUCCCAUGGAGUGGGGUGACAACUACCCUCGCACGAUGGUGUUAAUAAAGUUCCUGGUGUACUACUCCCUGCCACUCGCUGUCAUAGCUCUGUUCUACGUGCUAAUGGCGAGACACCUUGUUUUGAGUACACAAAACGUGCCUGGAGAAAUGCAGGGAACUCAGAGACAGAUGCGUGCAAGAAGAAAAGUGGCACUUACUGUGCUGGCUUUCGUAGUAGUAUUUGCGGCUUGCUUCUUGCCCUUGCAUGUCUUCAUGAUGUGGUUUUAUUACAGUCCAACUGCGCAAGAGGACUACAAUGGCUUCUGGCACGGUUUACGUAUCGUGGGAUUCUGUACGUCGUUUCUGAACAGCUGCGUCAACCCCAUCGCUCUCUAUUGCACUAGUGGCAUAUUUAGGAAGCAUUUCAAUAGGUAA